CAACAACAUAAGGGGGGAAACAUGAUGGGAGUAUGACGGCUGCCACACGGCUGAUAUCAAGGUUGACGCUGGUCACUGGAGGAGGCAGUGGGAUCGGACGGGCGGUAUGUCAGCGUUUGGCCUCUGAGGGCGCCUCCGUGGUGGUGGCAGACAUCAGCGAGGAGUCUGCCAACGAGACCAUGGUGGGUCUGCAGAAUGACCUCAGAGGACAGGGUCACAUGGCGGCUGUGGUGGAUGUGUCAUCAAAAGAGAGCGUGAAGAAGCUGGUCACCAGAAUACAGCCUCCCUCAGUGUGUGUGAACGCAGCAGGCAUCACGCAGGACCACUUCCUGCUCAACAUGGAGGAGGAUCACUUUGACAGAGUCAUCCAGGUCAACCUGAAGGUAUGAAGCAAGUUCAGCGUGUAAUCGAGUCUAUCAGGUUAACGUCAGAGGAUGACAUCACAAUCUAAUAACUAGGGAUGUGCCCGUUAGUCCACUUAAAGGUUGGAAGUCAUCACCCUCACUAGUCGGCACCAGAAUUACAAGUUACAAAUGAUUCAUAUUUUUAGAUGUUGGCCCUCGAUGCCGGUUCAUUUGUGCUCAAAUUGCAGCACUUCUUAAAGCACUCUUCUUCCAUCACUGCUGUUGAGACAUAACGUGGGUCGACUUUGUGAGAAGAAUCAGAAAGAAAGAAAUCAGUCUCUGUUGUCUUCAACAGGAAACAACCGAAGAUUCAAGUUUCUCGUUGUUGCACUUGAAGAAAAGAAUUCAUAAAAUGAUUCUCUCACAAAAC